UAGAUUCCUUGCCAUAUUGUCGUGUUUGAUGAGUACCGGGUAUUGAUUUGAGUUAAGGGCACCACAUCAUCAUGCCGAUAACUCUCGAGUUUAGUCACUUGUGUUGAGGUGUGAAGUUAUCUCCUGCUUCCCAAACGGCCAUUGGGGAGGGUGGAGAUCAAGAUUGUUGUGAGCUUGUUAGAGCAAUGAUGAUUACUCAUUCCCUGUGAAGUGAAUCUGACUAUUAUACCUUUGUAAUUGUUAGCCGUGUAUUUGAGAUUGAUUUCCUUGUUAUUGUUGUUGUGGAUGCGAAUGCUGCUACUUAUUUUGUGUUUAAAAUUUGGUGCGCAGAAUGUGGUCCUUGUUUAGAUUGUUUAGUUUGAUAUAAAUUGUCAUUCUAGAGUGACAUUUGUUUCGUCUCCGACCUGACUUUUAAAGUAUUUAACCAGUUUUGUGACAGCUAUCCAGUUGUUUCUUUGUUAGAAAUCCUUGUUGGUUUACUUGCAUCUAGUUACCUACAAAGAGUCCGGCCAUGAAACCUGUAGAGCUAUGAUGUCCCUCAUCUAGAGCUUGCUUUGUUUGUGGAUCAUUAUUGAGAAUCAGUGGAUGAAAUGGUGCAAAACCCAAACCAUACCCUUUAGGGUUGUAGAACAUUUGGGUGGUUAUAUGCCUCCUGUGUUGUGCUACAGUGUCCUUUGCCACAAACGAAGGAGUUGUUAGCUCAGGCGUCUUCUCUAGGACAAAAUGGUACUUUAAGGAUAUGCUUUAGAUGGACUAUUGAGCACAUUUUAUCCUUUGUGAAAACCUAAUCUGUUGGACUUUGUAUAUAUGUCCCCCUAAUCUAGGGAUUUACCUUUGAUUUUGCUAUGUGCUGUUUCUUGACCAUUAAGACUGAGGGUCUCAAAUUUAAGUGAGAGUCUCCAACCUCAAAAUGGCUUUAGUUUUCUUGAUGUUUCAUCCUAGAGCUUGGAAUAUAUUUAAGUCACUGGAAUGUAAUAUUAGUUAUGGAGGCCAUGAUUUAGGUCUCAAUUCGAUCAAUGUGUCAAAAUUCGUGCUAUGCCAUUCCUUGCUAGCUCGUUUUAUUUUGGGUUCAUAGCAUAGUUAAGCUAUUGUUUUCUGUAGCCUUGAUAAGAAUCUCAUCUGGGUUUCUCUGGAAUUCAAAUUAAUUCUGCUCUAUUCUGGUUCUGCUUUGUCCUUCCGGCAUUCUGUUUGUGUAGGGAUUUAUGGUCUCUAACUUUGUUAUGACUUUCUCUGAUUUGGGGUUCAUGAUCGUGAAAAAGGUUUAUCCCUUGAUUAGCAAAUAGCAAUUUUGUAGUGGUGGCUUCAUGAUUCCCUCCAUUGCUUUGAUUUUUCAAAAAUAUUGAUUUAUUGAUUCUGCACUGCUAUGGCCAUAUGAUGGUUGUCAUAUGAUGGGCACUAGUUGUCUUAGAUUGCGUGAAGCCAUUCACCAGUCUAAAUGAUUCUAGAUUUGAGUUUUGGGGACAAAACUCCUUUUUAGGAGGGGUGGAUGUAAUAGCCCAAAAUUUCUAGAGCAUUAAAGUGAGUUAGAAACCUAAUUGUGAAGAAAUAUUAUUAAUAAAUUUAAUAGCAAAUAUUUUCAAAGUUCAAGGACUUAAAAGAAAGGAAAUUAGGAUAA